GUAUUGUCAAUUACUCUCCGCCUCAAAAAGAAAUGUAAACAAUAAACGAUUGUGACCGAAAAUUAUUUUCUAAAAAAAAUAAAAUUUAGAAUAUCUAAUUAAACAUUAGUUGUUAACGAAACAUUUGCACAAAUAUUAACUAGAUUAGUUAAGCUCACAAUGGUGGAGGAAACAACACAAACCAACAGGUCAAGGUCGAAAAUGGCCCGUCCCAAGCCAGUAUAUUUGUGGACUGUAGUCGACGUUUUGAAGUGGUUUCGACGCGUAAACAGUGAAUAUUUGGAUUAUUUGGAACUGUUUUCCAAGCAUGAAAUCACUGGCAGAGCCUUGUUGCGCAUCAACGACUCUUCACUGCAACGGAUGGGUAUAACGAAUAACAAGGACCGUUUGGCAAUUUGGAGAGAAAUUGUCAAACAAAAACUCAAGACUGAUAUUAUGGAAAUUAGGGAUAUGGAACGUAUUGUUAAUCAACAUUCUAUGGCCAAAAUUACACAUCCGAAAGCCACGGCGGCGGCUGCCCAAAAGUAAUUGAUACUUGUUUUGGGAAAGAAUUAUUCUUUGGAACAACGAAGUACGUACAUACAUACAUAGUAAUGAUUAUUAGCGAACAUACUCGAAAACAAUCUCUACAAAAAGAAAAUAACAACAACAACAAGUGAAACACUCAACAAACACAACACCAAGUGAGCGGGUUGUACAACAAACAAAAAAACAAACAAGUGCUGUAAAUUAAGAUAAAUUUUAAGUUAGUAAAUUAAAUUAAAUAUACCAAAAUGAAUAACAUUCAUAUUCUAUGAUAUAUAUUAUAUACAUACACACAAACAUAUUUAAUCUUUAACUUUUUUGAAUAAAAUAUCAAAUAUUCUUACAUAAAUUAAA